AAAUAUAUUAAAUUAAUUGAAAAUGUAGUGUUUUCCAUGUUGGUAGGCCUAGCUAGUUUCAACCUACCUAGCUUAAUAAGCCCAUAUGUAUAAUAAGUAUGGAUCAAGGAGAACAACUUAGCCAAUUAGCAGUGACUCAUCUUCUACAACACACUUUAAGAAGCUUAUGCAUUCAUGAAAACUCUCAAUGGGUUUAUGCUGUCUUUUGGAGGAUCCUUCCAAGAAAUUACCCACCUCCCAAAUGGGAAGGUCAUGGUGCUUAUGACAGGUCAAGAGGAAACAGAAGAAACUGGAUAUUAGUGUGGGAAGAUGGUUUUUGUAAUUUUGGUGCAUCAACAACAACAACAACAACAAGAACAGGUUUAGAGACAGGAGGAAAGUCAGUUGGGUCAGUUAAUAAUAAUAAUAAUAAUAAUAAUAACAAUAAUUCAAUCUCUACAUCGAUGUACGGAAACUACUCAUCAUCAUCACCAUCAUCAUCAUCAUGUGAUGACCAUAAUAAUAAUAAUAAUAAUAAUAAUCAAGAACAUCACUACUUUCAACAAUUCCAAGGUCUUCAACCAGACCUUUUCUUCAAGAUGUCUCAUGAGAUCUACAACUAUGGUGAAGGUUUGAUAGGAAAAGUGGCUGCUGAUCAUAGUCAUAAAUGGAUAUAUAAAGAGCCUAAUGAUCAAGAGAUCAACUUCUUAUCAGCAUGGCAUAAUUCCGCCGACUCGUACCCUAGAACAUGGGAAGCCCAGUUUCAGUCCGGCAUAAAGACCAUUGCCCUGAUAGCAGUGAGAGAAGGAGUUGUUCAGUUGGGAUCUAUCCAUAAGGUUAUUGAAGACUUAAGCUAUGUAGUUCUUCUAAGAAAGAAGUUGAGUUACAUUGAAAGCAUUCCAGGAGUACUUCUUCCUCAUCCAUCAUCACCAUCAUCAUCAUCAUCCUCACCAUAUAAUCAUAAUUACGGAAUUACCCCUGAUAAUAACAAUAACAAUGCAUGGCCUAAUAAUAAUAAUAAUAAUUAUAAUUUACUACCCCAAAGUACUCAUCAUCAAUCCUACUAUGAUCAUCAUCAUCAUCACUCCUAUUAUAAUCAACUACCUUUGAUGAAGAACAACAACAAUAUGAUAACUCCAUCCAUGAGCAGCCUUGAGGCACUUCUCUCCAAGCUCCCCUCGGUGGUGCCGCCCCCGGCACCACCUCAUAUGGCGGCGCACACGGCCGGGUGCUUCUCUAAUGAUCUUCUUCAAAGGAGUACUAAUUUGGAGUUUGUUGCUAAGAAUGAAGUUGAUCAUGAUGAUGAUAAUAAUAAUAAUAAUAAUAAUAAUGACCAAGAUCAACAACAAUAUCAUUUCCAUCAUCACAACAAUUUAUAUAGUCAGAAGUAGUGAUUAAUAAUUAAAUAAUUAUAUUAAUUAUUAUUAGCAGUUUGAUGAUUAUUUCUAACGUUGUUGGGAAAUUAAUUAAUUAGCUUAAUUUCCUUAUCUAAUACUAUAUAUAUAUAGAUUAAUUAGUUUUUUUUCUCUAGAUCUCUUUAUAUUAUAUAAUUUAGAUUUAUAUAUAUACAAUUAUAUAUAUUGUGUUAGAAGGGUCUUCUUCUUCUUAUUAUUAUUAUUAUUCCUUAGUACUUGUUAUUAUUGUUAUGCUAUCCUGACUAUUUAUAAAUGGAUCUCAGGCUCAGUUGCUAUAAAAA